AUGUUCCGCCAGGCCGCGCUGCGCCACCUGUCGUCCCGGAUGCUGCCCCUCGCGGCCGCCGUGGCGCUCCAGAAGAAGGAGAGGAAAGAGACCGGCCUCUACCACUGGCGGCGUGAGAAGCACCCUUACUACAACCUUACAGUGAAAAUCCUUCGAGCCAGAAACAUUAAAGGAACAGAUGUGUUUUCCAAGGCAGAUUGUUAUGUGGAGUUGCGUCUGCCAACUGCAUCGCCAGUUACAUACCGAACUCAGGUUAUUGACAACUCCAGUAACCCGGAGUGGAAUGAAACUUUCCAGUAUAGAAUUAACAGUGCUCUCAAGAACACACUUGAGUUGACACUCUUUGAUGAAGAUGUUCUUGUUAGUGAUGAACUGACUUCUGUUGUGUUUGAUGUGACCGGAAUUAAGCCAGGCCGUCCUGUGAAAAACACUUUCAAACUAAAAGAGGACAAGGAGGAGCUGGAUGUAGUGUUUUUGCUAGAGAAAAGUUCAGAUACUCCUACCGAAGUUCUCACAAAUGGGGUCCUUGUGGCUCACCAGUGCCUUUGCCUGCAAGGAGUAAUUAACAAAGAUGAAAAGUUAAAGCUGAGAGAACAUGGCACCAACCAAUUCAAGCUUUCACUUCCGGGAUCAUAUGAGAAGCAGCUGAGCAUCCCUUGCAAAACAGACUCUGAUCAGAAUUGUGGGAUUCCAUUUGUCUUUCACAUUGGCAAAGAUAUGUGUUCAGAACUGGGUGUGGAGGUGGAGCAAACCAUUACAGUCCUUCAGGAUGGAGUGAGUCCUGACUUCGAAAAGCACAGCACAGUUCUUGGAUCAGGGACUGUUCCGUUUCAUUCACUUCCUUUGGGAAAGGACGUUGAAAUGACUGUUCCGUUAGGAAAAGAACAAAGCGUGGAUCUACAUGUGAAAGCUGAACAACCCAAAAGAAAUCUUGAUGUUCGUCUUGGUUUUGAUCUUUGUCAAGAAGAGUGGCAAUUUUUGGACAAGAGGAAGAAAAUAGUUUCGCAGGCUCUAACUAGGGCACUCAAACUGAGAGAGGACCCCAGCAAAGAUGAGGUUCCUGUGGUUGCAGUCUUAGGAUCUGGUGGAGGGAUGAGAGCAUUGACAUCAUUCUAUGGCAGUCUGCUUGGGCUUCAGCAGCUAAACCUUCUGGAUGCUGUCAUAUACCUGACUGGAAUUUCUGGCUCUACUUGGUGUUUGUCAACACUUUACCAGGAUUCUGAAUGGUCACAUAAAGAUCUCAGACAGCCGAUCAGUAAUGCCCAGCAUAAAAUAUCCAGCAGUAAAGUAGGAGCCUUUUCCUCAGAGCGUCUGAAGUAUUAUUUCCAGGAACUGAAUGCAAUGGAAAAUGAGGGACGCAAAGCAUCUUUCACGGAUCUGUGGGGGCUUAUUAUAGAGUAUUUCCUACUGCAGAAGGAAGACCCAUCAAAGCUGUCUGAUCAGCAGGAAGCUGUGAAAGAGGCACAAAAUCCUUACCCCAUCUAUGCAGCAGUUAACGUGAGGCCCAAUGUUAGUGGAGAUGACUUUGCAGAAUGGUGCGAGUUCACUCCAUAUGAGGUUGGAUUUCGCAAGUACGGUGCUUUUAUCCGAACAGAAGACUUUGACAGUGAGUUCUUCAUGGGACGGUUGAUUAAGAAGCAUCCUGAGCCCAGGAUCUGCUACCUGCUGGGAAUGUGGGGCAGUGCCUUUGCAGCAAGCCUGGAUGAUGUCUUUUUGAAGGUGGUCGGUUCAGGGUUGAGCUUUCUAGAAUCUCUGGGUGAUGUUGUCAAAGUUAUAGAUGACAGUAAACGAUUCCAUUUCCGAGAUCCUAUGAGACUGAAGACUCGUCUGGUCAUACCAGGUGGACCAUUGGUGCAAAUCUUCCAGGAUUUUUUCAAGUCACGUGUUACGGCUGGGGAAACUUUCAAUUUCAUGCAGGGCUUGUUACUCCACAGGGAUUAUGUCAACCUUAAUAAAUUUGUGGCAUGGAAAGGCACCCAUUUAGAUGCUUUUCCUAAUCAGCUGACUCCAAUGGAAGAGAGUCUCUACCUCGUAGAUGGAGGUUUUUCUAUCAAUUCUGCCUUUCCCAUGGUUCUUCAACCAGAACGAGAUGUUGAUGUCAUUCUGUCAUUCAAUUACUCCUGGGAAGCACCUUUUGAGGUCCUUCAACUGACUCAGAAAUACUGCAAAGAGCGGGAGAUACCUUUUCCAGAAAUCGUCUUAAACAAAGAAGAUGAGGAGAGUCCUAAAGAGUGUUACAUGUUUCUCGAUGCUGAGAAUGCAAGGGCCCCCAUAGUCCUUCAUUUCCCUCUGGUUAACGACACAUUCUACAAAUACAAAGCGCCAGGAAAAGAACGUGAAUCAGAAGAGGAGAUAGCCUUUGGUGAUUUUGCAGUUGAAGGAAAAGAUUCACCAUACCGAACACUAAAUUUCACCUUUGAGCCCCAUGAUUUUGACAGGCUGGUAGAACUGAAUUGCUACAAUGUGCUGAAUAAUAAGGAUGCUAUUUUGGAAGCAUUAAAGUUGGCUUUAAACAGACGAAAGUUGAAAAAUGAUAAUAAUAGGAAGAGAUAAGUACUUCCUUGUGUUGCUUCAUAAACAAUUCAAGUAGAAAUAAUGAGCCUACAAAAUACCUUUUUGUGUGAAUGGAAAUUGAACUACUAAAUCCCCUGCACAUUGCACCGAAAGCUGAAUUUGCAUACAAAAGAAGCACUUUACUCUUUCCUUAUCAGAUUCUGUCUUCAGUUCUCUGCAGCAGGCACAA